GAACAAAAAGACCCUAUGAAGCUUCACUGUUCCCUAGGAUUAGCUUUGGGCUUUUCCUGCACAUCUUAGGUGGAAGGCGAAGAAAGCCUUCUUUUGGGGGGGCCCGAGCCAUCAAUGAGAUACUACUUUGGAAGAGCUAGAAUUCUAACCUUGUGCCAAGACCUAUGGGCUAAGGGACAGUCUCAGGUAGAUAGUUUCUAUAGGGUGUCGUGGAAGGACCGUCGCUUAAUGGAUAAAAGUUACUCUAGGGGUAACAUGUUGAUCUUCCACAAGAGCUCACAUCAAUGGGAAGGUGUUGAAGCAUUGAAAGGACCUUUCUCUAGUACAAGAGGACUGGGAAGGAUGCACCUCUGGCGUACCAAUUAUUGCGCCCAUAAGCUUCCAGUGGCACAGUUGAGACUACAACAGGUUCUCUGUCCCUACGGGAAUCAAGUGACAAAAGUUGAGAAUUCAAGAGAAGGUCACAAUGAGACUAGUUGUUUACCAUUACGAUAGGUGUCAAGUGGAAGUGCAACAAUGUAUGUAGCUGCGGCAUCCUAACAGACUAGUAGACUUGGACCUUGUUCCUAGAUGACCUGAUCAAUUCAAUCAAUUAGGUACUCGCCAUCUAUUUUGAUGGUUCAACUCUUUGACAACAUGAAGAAACCAAAAGCUUUGCAUCCCUCUCUAUCUAUCCAUGGGAUGGAAAUGGAAAGGUAGAGGCCUUUAGUGUCCCUCUAAUCAAGAAAUGGGGCCUUA